GGGUGGGCCUCCUCUCUUUCCGGGAAGGUUCCGUAGAGCGCUUUCGCAUCAGGUCAAACUCCGAGAGGAGGAAGGGAAAUCUCCGUCGUACCCCCAGGAUCGAGCGCAGCCCACAGCCCCUGCACCAGCCAUGUCUCGGCCUCUGACAGACCAGGAGAAGCGGAAGCAGAUCAGCAUCCGCGGCAUCGUUGGCGUGGAGAACGUGGCAGAGCUGAAAAAAGGUUUCAACCGGCACCUCCACUUCACCCUGGUCAAGGACCGCAAUGUGGCCACCCCCCGCGACUACUACUUCGCACUGGCACACACCGUGCGCGACCACCUGGUGGGCAGAUGGAUCCGGACCCAGCAAUACUACUACGAGAAAGACCCCAAGAGAAUUUACUACCUUUCCUUAGAGUUCUACAUGGGGCGGACUUUGCAGAACACCAUGAUAAACCUGGGGCUGCAGAAUGCCUGUGACGAGGCAGUUUAUCAGCUGGGGCUGGACAUAGAAGAGUUGGAGGAGAUUGAAGAAGAUGCUGGCCUGGGCAAUGGAGGCCUGGGCAGGCUUGCUGCCUGCUUCCUGGAUUCGAUGGCCACCCUUGGACUUGCAGCCUACGGCUACGGGAUACGCUAUGAGUAUGGCAUAUUCAACCAGAAGAUCAGAAAUGGAUGGCAGGUGGAAGAAGCCGAUGAUUGGCUAAGACACGGGAACCCCUGGGAGAAGGCCCGCCCAGAAUACAUGCUUCCCAUCCACUUUUACGGGAGAGUGGAGCCCACCCAGACCGGCGUGAGAUGGGUCGACACUCAGGUGGUCCUGGCUUUGCCUUACGACACCCCUAUUCCCGGCUACAUGAACAACACGGUCAAUACCAUGAGGCUGUGGUCUGCUCGGGCACCCAACGAUUUCAACCUCCGCGACUUUAAUGUCGGUGAUUACAUUCAGGCUGUGUUGGACAGAAACUUGGCAGAGAACAUCUCCCGCGUCCUCUACCCAAAUGAUAACUUCUUUGAGGGGAAGGAGCUGCGGCUGAAGCAAGAAUACUUUGUGGUGGCUGCUACCCUGCAGGACAUCAUCCGGCGGUUCAAAGCCUCCAAGUUUGGCAGUACCGAAAGUGUCCGGACUGCUUUUGACUCCUUCCCAGACCAGAUUGCAAUUCAGCUGAACGACACGCAUCCUGCGAUGGCUAUUCCAGAGCUGAUGAGAGUGUUCCUGGACAUUGAAAAGCUGCCGUGGAACAAGGCCUGGGACAUCACCACGCGGACAUUUGCCUACACAAACCACACGGUUCUCCCUGAAGCCCUUGAGCGCUGGCCAGUUGAGCUAAUGGAGAAACUGCUCCCACGACAUCUGCAGAUCAUAUAUGAAAUCAACCAGAGGCAUCUAGAUAAAAUCUCAGCCGUGUUUCCAAAGGACGUCGACCGCCUCCGGCGGAUGUCCUUGAUUGAAGAGGAAGGCAAGAAGCGCAUCAACAUGGCCCACCUUUGCAUUGUUGGCUCGCAUGCCGUGAACGGGGUUGCGAAGAUCCACUCCGAUAUCAUCAAGUCUCAAGUGUUCAAGGACUUUGCAGAGCUGGAGCCGGAGAAGUUUCAGAAUAAAACCAACGGCAUCACUCCUCGGCGUUGGCUUCUGCUUUGCAACCCAGGACUUGCGGAGUUAAUUGCCGAGAAAAUAGGGGAAGAUUACGUGAAAGACCUGAGCCAGUUGACGAAGCUGCACAGGUUUGCCAACGACGAGCUCUUCAUUCGGGAAGUGGCCAAAGUAAAACAGGAAAACAAGGUCAAGUUUGCCCAGUUCCUAGAGAAUGAAUAUAAGGUGAAGAUCAACCCGGCUUCCAUGUUCGACGUGCAAGUCAAGAGGAUUCACGAGUACAAGCGGCAGCUCAUGAAUUGUCUGCAUGUCAUCACCAUGUACAACCGCAUCAAGCAUGACCCAAAGAAGCUGUUUGUGCCCCGGACAGUGAUAAUUGGAGGCAAAGCUGCUCCUGGUUAUCACAUGGCUAAAAUGAUCAUCAGACUGAUCACCGCUGUGGGCCACGUGGUGAACAACGACCCUGUGGUUGGGAACAAGUUGAAGGUCAUCUACCUGGAAAACUACAGAGUCUCAUUGGCUGAAAAAGUGAUCCCAGCCACCGAUCUCUCGGAGCAGAUUUCCACGGCAGGCACGGAAGCAUCAGGCACCGGCAACAUGAAGUUCAUGCUGAACGGCGCCCUGACCAUUGGGACGAUGGAUGGUGCCAAUGUUGAGAUGGCAGAGGAGGCUGGAGAAGAGAACCUUUUCAUCUUUGGCAUGAGAGUGGAGGAUGUGGCAGAGCUGGACCAGAGAGGGUACAAAGCUCAGGAAUAUUACGACAAGCUUCCUGAGCUGAAACAAGCUAUCGAUCAGAUCAAGAGCGGCUUCUUUUCACCAAGAGAGCCUGACCUUUUCAAAGAUUUGGUCAACAUGUUGUUCUACCAUGACCGGUUCAAAGUCUUUGCAGACUAUGAAGCUUACGUCAGAUGUCAAGACAGUGUCGGUGAACUCUACAUGAACUCCAAGGAAUGGACCAAGAUGGUGAUCAGAAACAUCGCCGCCUCCGGGAAGUUCUCCAGCGACAGGACCAUCAAGGAGUAUGCGCGAGACAUCUGGAACGUUGAACCUUCUGACCUGAAGAUCCCGCCCCCCAACGUGCCCCGGGAUGUUGCGGAUGAGAUGCUGGCUAACAACACCUCUGAAAAGACGCAUGUGUGAAUUUGCUAGAAUGCUAGCUCUGCUUGUGUUAGUGUGCUGUACUGUACAUGGGCAAUGCAAGCUCAUCCUUGUUUAGUAACAUAACAGUAGUAAAGGUUUGGGGCUGCUCUUUUUCUUUCUGCUUGUAAGCACUGAAGGUGACCUGAGUAUUAUGUGAAUUCUGCAGAAGUGUCAGCAAAAAAGGGAUGUGUCCUCUACUAAUGUAAACUGCUUCGAGUGUCAGAACUCCUCCUUUCUUCCUUUGGAAGCCUAAGAACUGUAGCUUCAUGACCCUUUUUAAAGCUCCCAUGAUGGAGUUGCUGAUGCUUCUGCAAAACCAGUUUCUAGGAUGCAGGGGUGGGGGGGGAAGCCAUGAAUUGAAUCUUAAAGCCUGUAGCAUAGACUAUCCUUUGGAUAUAAUAUUCUUACAGCACAUUCUUGCCAAUGGCAAGAUCAAGUCAUCCAGUUGUUUUUGCAUCUUCUUUUUAAGGAAAACAAAGGAAGUUGCACAAAAUGCAUCUCCAUCAAAUUAUCACUUAGCAGAGGGCACAGAAUCCAUUUUGUGAGAGAGGUGUUAAAAUGGGCAUUUGGUGGAACUACUGAGGAAGCAACACGACUUUCUGGAGUCUUAAGGUUGCUGUCGUGGUCAAGGGUCUUCCCUCAAGAGGCAGAGUCUGGAACUCCACUUGCCUAUAAUUAGUCCUAAAUAGCUGGACCAAAGCGCUUUAAAGGCUACCCUGUAGUAUAACAACUGGUGCUAUGUAUUCAGUGCCGCUUGGUGCAUGGAGGAAGUCUCGCCAAGGGAGUAUUGAGCAGCUACACCCUGACUUCUUGCAUGCACCUAGAAAGAUGCGCUAAGUCAGAAGAGGGAAAAGGGUGUUCUGCUCAGUUAGUGCUUAAAGUAUCCUCGGUGCAUCAGCACACACAAAAAAAGUCUUUGCAAGGCCUGCAAGCAUCUGUUACUGUUGCCAUUUCCCUGCUUUGUUUGUGGGUCCAGUCUACAAAUCGUGCAUUCCUGAAAAUUCGCCCAAUAAAAUAAAAUGAAAUUCA